CCAACAAAUAUAAUUAAAUCCUUACCUUUGAACCAUAACACAACACAAUCAGAAACCAUAAUAUCAUCAUGGCUACUGUGUUCUCAGUGUGUUCGGGUUCUUCUGCUUUUCUCUCUCCAUGCACUUCGCACACCAGGUGUUUGUCUCUUUUACCCAAAGGAUCACCACUUCUUCACCACAUCAAGAAACCUUUUUCUGUGAAAUCCCUUUCUUCUUUGGAAACUCAAGAAGUAUCAUCAGUAUCAGUGUCACCAGCAGUUACCACCUUCUGGCAAUGGCUUAAGGAAGAAGGUGUUAUCUCUUCAAAGACACCAGUGAAACCUGGUGUGGUCCCUGAAGGCCUUGGACUUGUUGCAACCAAAGACAUAUCAAGAAACGAGGUUGUUCUUCAGGUUCCAAAGAGGUUUUGGAUUAACCCAGAUGCAGUUGCUGCUUCUGAGAUUGGGAAUGUGUGUAGUGGUCUCAAGCCAUGGCUUUCUGUUGCUUUGUUCCUCAUUAGGGAGAGGUCAAGGGAUGAUUCACUUUGGAAGCACUACUUCCCUGUUCUGCCAAAAGAAACUGAUUCUACUAUAUACUGGUCAGAGGAGGAGCUCUCAGAGAUUCAAGGUACUCAACUUCUGAACACAACAUUGGGUGUGAAAGAGUAUGUGCAGAAUGAAUUUAUGAGACUGCAAGAAGAAAUCAUACUCCCUAACAAGAAGCUUUUUCCUUUUCCUAUAACACUGGAUGACUUCUUCUGGGCAUUUGGAAUUCUCAGAUCAAGGGCAUUUUCUCGACUUCGCAACGAAAAUCUGGUUGUUAUUCCACUAGCAGACUUGAUAAACCACAGUGCAAGAGUAACUACAGAAGAUCAUGCUUAUGAAGUUAAAGGAGCUGCCGGCCUUUUCUCUUGGGAUUACUUAUUUUCCCUAAGAAGCCCCCUUUCUGUCAAGGCUGGGGAACAGAUAUAUAUCCAAUAUGAUUUGAACAAAAGCAACGCCGAGUUGGCUCUGGACUAUGGCUUCAUCGAACCAAAUUCUGACCGUAAUGCAUAUACCUUGACACUUGGAAUACCCGAGUCCGACCCCUUCUAUGAUGACAAACUAGACAUUGCAGAGACCAAUGGUUUUGGUGAGACUGCAUACUUUGACAUAUUUUACAACCAACCACUUCCACCAGGGAUGAUUCCAUACCUGAGACUUGUAGCUCUAGGAGGUACUGAUGCUUUCCUACUGGAAGCGCUAUUCAGAAACACUGUCUGGAGUCAUCUAGAAUUGCCAGUGAGCCAUGACAAUGAGGAACUUUUAUGCAGGGUGGUUAGAGAGGCCUGCAAAUCUGCUCUUGCUGGUUAUCAUACAACCAUUGAAGAGGAUAACAAGUUAAAGGAACCAAAAUUAGAUUCAAGACUUGCAAUAGCAGUAGGAAUAAGAGAAGGGGAGAAGAAAGUUCUGCAACAAAUUGAUGAGGUCUUCAAGGAGAAAGAAUUGGAACUGGACCAGUUAGAGUAUUACCAAGAAAGGAGGCUCAAGGACCUUGGCCUCUGCGGUGAAAGUGGUGAUAUACUAGGGGACCUUGAGAAGUUCAUGUAAUCUUGCAGGAAGCACCCCCUUAGGGACACUACUAUACAUUUCCAGAGGACAAUGAAACAGAACAUUUGGUAGAUGGAAUCUUUCAAGACAAUUCCAUGCCAUGCACUCAAUCAAUCUUUAAAGGGUCUUAAUCAAUUUUUUUACUAGGUUUAUUACAUUUUACAACCCAUUACUUGAAUGCUGCUUGCAAAGAGGAUAAUGUAAUGCUUGAAUUACACUUCUAUACCGGUUAUAAAUAUAGUCAAGAUGGUAAUGAGAAUGAACUUUACAA